AUUGAUGAGCUGUGAGCAUCUGCAGUGCGCAUCGUGUGUUGUGUUGUGAAUGGUGUCGUUACAAACCACUUUGAACCAAAAGUUUAUGUCUGGCCUAUAAUUUGUGGCCGCGAAAAUGUUUAUGCGUAAUACUUAAGAGUGAACACACACGCGCUACAAUUUUGUGCAAAAUAUAAAUGAAAAGAGGGCCUGCUUUUUAGUAGGAGAAAUAUUGUUUCUUUACAACGAUAUAAUCGUGUUCAUAGAGCGGGAACCGUCGAAUAUCGUACAAUGGCAGAUUUCGACGCGAUCUAUGAGGAAGAGGAAGAGAAUGAACAAAAUUUGGAAGAACAUUACGUGACAAUGGUUCCAGACCCUAUAGUUAUUCGAGGAGCUGGAAAUAUGACUGUAUUUGGUCUUAGCAAUUGUUUUGAAUCAGGAUUUCCAAAUGAAUUAGUGUCGCGUGUUGCUCCGGAAGAAUUUAAAGCAACUGUUAUGAGAAUAAACAGUGUGUUGAAAAAGACUUUACCAGUUAACGUUAAGUGGUUGUUUUGUGGCUGUGUCUGCUGUUGUUGUACGUUAGGUUGUUCUCUUUGGCCUGUCAUCUGUUUAAGUAAAAGAACGCAACUUUCGUUAAACAAAUUAUUAGAAUGGGAAAACAGUAGGCUAUAUCAUAAACUUGGAUUACAUUGGAGGUUGGCGAAACAAAGAUGCGAUACUUCAUCUAUGAUGGAAUAUGUUCUCUUAAUUGAAUUUAUUCCAAAAAUACCCAUAUACAAACCUGACUAAAGUUAAGAUCUGGAUUUUUAUGUAAGUUCUACACACAACAAAUCAGUGCAAGUCCGUGACAUGCAAAAAACUGUACACUUUUGGCUUAAAUUAAAAUGAAAGAAUGCUGCUAUAGAUAGCACUCGCAGGAGGCAUAUUUUUGUAAAUAUUACAUGUAGGAUUGCACAGUACAAUAAUUUGAAUGAAGUUUGUAUGUAGAGUAACUAUUGUACAUCAGUUUUAUCCCUCAAAAAUCAUCUAUUUGAUUAAGUAUAAAAAUAUGGACAAUUUGUUCAUUUUGUAUUAAGGAAAAUUUUAUUUUUGCCCUACUAUUGUUCUAUUAAAAGCUAAAAUUAUUACAAAAAUAUGAAAUAUAUUAAAUUUACCAUUUUGCACUGAAGAAAUUAUAAACCAAGAUGAUAUACAUGUUUAGAAAUACUGCUUGACGUCUAGUUUGCUAGUCAUUAACGUGUAAUUGUCUUCAACAGUUUUCAUAUCUCUGUUAAUACUUUUCCAAAAUGUACAAUUUUUUUAAUUAAUCAUUAAAUUUUUAAGUAAGAAAUUAAUCUGAUACAUUAUAAUGAAUGCAUUCAAAUCUAAUAUAAAAGUUGGAAUGACCAUUGGAAAAUUUUUAUAUAACAGCAAAAUGCAAAAUGUUUACAUAUACGUUUAUACAUACAAUAUAUUCCCCCCGUAACUUUACGAAGCUCAGAAGGUUCAGUAAGAUGCUGAGUAACGCUACGUACGAAGGCUGUAUAAAGAAAGGCUAAGGAGACGCAAGGUUGCGAGAGGAAUAUUGUACAGUGCAGAGAUAACAAGUUGGUAAGGAAAAAGAAUCAGGGUCUGAUUGACUUGCAGUUUUUAGUUCCACUACCAUUUAAAAUUUGAUAACCUUACCUUCUAUUAAAUUUAUUUUCAUUAUUAGUCAAGAUGGUUACAUUUACCGAUAGAAUUAUACGACGAAAUUCUAUUAAGGGCUGAUGAUGAAAAAAAGGGUUACACAAUGAAAAUGUUAAAGCUGGAGUUAAAGAAAGCGAGCAAAGUAUCUUUUUUAUGCUUGUGCUGUUCUAUAAGUCAAUUUGUCAUCUCGGCAUUGUAUUUAUGUAUACAAUAAAUUUAUUUUGAUCAUAAGUUGAUUUAUUACCUUGGUGAUAUUAGAAAGUAUGAUACAUACGGACAUGCUUUAAUUUCUAACAUAAAUUUUAUUUAUGCCAAUUUUAAGAAUUAAGUAAACAAUUGAACGUAAUGUUUAACAAAUGAUUCGAGAUAAAUUACUUAGAAUUUGAAUACGGAAAUAAUUGUUUGUUUACUAAUUAUUAGUUUUAGAAAAUUAGUUCUUCAAAAAAGUAAAAAUCUAACAUGCUAUAUUAUUCUAUAUAGAAUAAAACUUUAAAAACUAUUUUUUAAAUUAAUAUUUCAAUUAAUUUUCAAUUAUGUAACAUUUUACAUUGCAUCAUUAUUAACAAAAAUUUUCUAAAAUAAUAUAUGCUCAUGCAAAUAAGGAUCUUUUUAGUAUAUAAUUAUGAAAAAUUUUCAAAGAUCAGUCAAAUAAAAACUUUUUAGAAACUUAGAAAUUCUAGAACUUAUUCUAAAGAUUUCAAACUCUUUACAGUAGUAUGGAAGAUUUUUUUAUAUUUUAUUAUCUCUUUGCAUAUUUAAAUAUGUUGUAAAUAUAAAUUCGCAGAUCAGUUAUGAUAAACAAAAUUUUGAAAAAAUUUUAAAAGACGUGCUAAAAGUUGGAAAGUAUUACAGUUCUUUAUGUUGCUAUUCAGUGGCUGUGAUUGAGAAUAUAAGACUAGCUUUCAAUUCAAGCAUGUAUAUUAUACAUCUUUUACAAAAUAACAUAUAUUUGUGUUUGUAGUUUCUAUUCAUAAGCACGACAAAUAAUUUUUGAUUUCUCUAAAAUGUAUUCUUAAAGUACAAAAUUAAUAAUUAUAAUUAAAUUGUAGAUGUUUAUGUAAAUGCACAACAUUAAAUACUAGUUUAAAAAAGAAAUUGUGAUGAUUUUUAUUUUGUGCAUCGAUUUUAUUAUGUUUAUAAUAAUAUAUAAAGAAAAUAUUAUUUUUUAAUGAAACGUUAAACUAUGUUAAAUUCAUUCAUUUGCUAUAUUUUGCCAACCCGAAGGUAUUAAAAAUAUGUAAACAUCUACAGUCUAAUUAUAAUAUUAGUUUCUCUACAUUAGAAUAAUGAUUUAAUAUCCAUAUAAUAAUUCAUGCAAACGUUCAUCUUUUGAAGUAUAAUUAAGGAACAUUGUGUUGCACUUAUAAAUGUUUUAAGAGGAUUGUUUUAUAAAACAAAUUAAAUAAAAUAUGUUUACAAUUGCACCAAUAAAAACUAUGUAACUAGGUAUAAACUAUACAUAAUGUGAGUUUUAGAAUCUUUAUUCAGAAAUAAGUAGAGAUAGAAAAAUAUUUUGAGAUGUACUGUGCAAUGGAGUUAUGAGUGUAAAAACAUUUGCUUUUUUAUGUGUUUAAAAAUUAUGUUUAAAGUAGUACUGUGCAAAAUUGAUAAAUAUUAAGGUGAACGUACUUUUAAACUAUGCAUUAGUAAUAUACACACGUAACUAAUGUUUUUUUUUAAUAACAAAAACAUUAAAUUGUUUACUCUUAUUAAUUUAGAUAGGGUGCAAGUAUUUACUGUGGUUCGUAAAUGUGUAAAUGUAAAUAUAGUAUCGGCUAACACAAGAAGUGAAAAUGAGUCAAUCCUCUGUUAAUACUAUACGGACUCGUAUCGUAAUUGAAUAUUGUAAUUAUAUUUAGUAAACUGAUAGCAGUUAAAAACUAAUC